CUGUUGUGGGAUAGUGCAUAUAAACGAUCCCUUGCUACUAAUGGAAAAAUGUAGCGGGUUUCAUUUCUCAGGAUAUAUGUCACAAUUAGCAAAUGUUUGACUUGCAAUAGCCGAUGUUUGAUAAACCAAUGUGGUCUAGUUGUGUCGGUAAAGAAAUUUCUUUCUUUUUUUCUUUCUUUCUUUACUAUAAGACAGUUUCUCCAUUUUGUAAGGUGUGUGUGGGAUUUUUACAGUUUUUUUUUUUUUUUUUUUGGGUUUUUUAGGUUUCAAUGGCGAUUGUAUUACCUUUAAGACUUUCACGAACAUUCUGCUACUUUCUUCUAUUCUGUGUAUCAGGAAUUCUGCUGCUUAAUGGAACUCGGUUUAGUGAAUUGUCUAGUAUUUUAAAAAGUCUUUCAAGACUACAUGAAAAUGCAAGCAGUAAUUCUGAAGUACGUUUUAGUAACACCAUAUUUCAGCACAAAGACAAUUUCAAAGAGCAACAGUUGCAGGAAAAUAGUAUUAUUCCGCAACGUGACGUCACUACUGUCAACUGCAGCGGGCUGAUAGCCGGAAGUAAAGUUACUCUACAGGAAGUAAAAAAACUAAUGUCGAAUGUCAAGCGACCAACUAUUCCUGAUUCUUAUUUCUUAACAGCAGCUAAAGACUGUCACGCGUUUCGUCUAAAAAGAGGCUACAUCCUUAAAACAAUGACGUCAGAAGAGGAAAACUUCCCAAUAGCUUUCAGCAUUCUUAUGUUUAAAGAUGUCAGCCAAUUUGAACGUCUUUUACGCGCCAUUUAUCGCCCACAGAACUAUUAUUGUAUUCAUGUGGAUAAAAAGGCUUCAACUAACAUAUCUGCUGCUGUUCAAGGCAUUGCAAACUGUUUUAGUAAUGUGUUUCUGACGUCACGAUCAGUAGAUGUUAGAUGGGGAACAUUCACCGUUUUGGAACCGGAACUAAUCUGUAUGCAGGAACUGUGGAAGUACCGGAAGUGGAAGUAUUUUAUGAAUCUCGCUGCACAAGAGUUCCCACUGAAGACGAAUUUGGACAUGGUGAGAAUACUAAAGGCUUACAAUGGUGCCAAUGACGUUAGAGGGAUAUCCAAACGGUGAGUAUAAAUUGUAUUCGUUUGUUUCUUGGGA